GUUGUCUAACUGAUGAAUAUUUAACAGGCAUAAAUGAAGCAGGGCUUGAGGAUUUAUUUACUCACUUGGCUGCUUUUUGAGUUCUGGCUACUUAUUCCCUCCUCCUGGUUAUAAAGCCAGAUGCCAGAAUAUAACACGACUACUCAGGGCAUUACAUUACCAAGUGCAGGACAGCAACUUGCAAAAAAGGAGGAAAAACAAAGGAAGAGGAUACAAAAAGAUCAAAGAAGAGGAGAAAGAGACUGAAAGAAAAAAAGGAAAGAGGCAUAGCAAUUGAAAGGAGCAACUGCUGAGAAUAAAGAGUUAAUGAGCAAACCGAUCCACCUCUCUCAGAGUGUCAGAACCUGGUGGGAAGCCCUGCCUAACUUGUGUGGCAAGGCAGGUUCAUUUAUUUCCUUUUAGCACUCUUGAACCCUGAGCACACCAACAUGAUGAGGCAGCUGAUGUUCUUUCUUACUUUGUUUUCAGUAAUCUCUUCAGUCCUUACAGCUAAAUGGUGCUACAAUUCUCAGAGUACAACGUGUGGUCCUGAUCACUGGAGUGAUAACUGCAAAGGUGAAAAUCAGUCCCCUAUCAAUAUUGAGCAGACAAAAACCAGUAGGAACAACAACCUUGGCGAUUUUGUUUUCCAAGGUUAUGACAAGGCUCCACCAGAGAAGUGGGUCUUUCUCAAUAAUGGACAUGCAGUUCAGCUGACCAUAGGAGAGAACGGCUUGCCAUCAAAGAACAUUAAUAUCAGUGGGGCAGGACUUCCAGGAGUAUACAGGGCUGUCCAGUUUCACUUUCAUUGGGGAAGCAAAAAUGAGAAUGGUUCAGAACACACAAUCGACUGGCAUCAGUAUCCAAUGGAGCUUCAUAUUGUCCACGUGAAUCUAAAAUAUCAAACAGUAGCUGACGCAUUAAAUGACAAAAAUGGAAUUGCUGUGCUGGGAUUCAUGUACAAGGUGACAAAGGUUGACAACCAGAAUUAUAACACAGUAGUAGAUGCACUGAAGAACAUCUCAUAUAAAGGUCAGGAAUUGCCACUGGUAACUACAUUCCGCUUGGACAGUCUUCUUCCAAGCAGAAGCCUGCUGUCUAAGUACUUCAGGUACGAAGGAUCUCUGACCACACCUGGCUGUGGAGAAGCAGUGAUCUGGACUGUCUUUCAGGAUCCAAUUGAAAUUAGUGAAACUCAGUAUCAUGAAUUUGUUGACACAAUCCACUUUUCACAACUCGGAGAGGCUGCACAGAAGAUGCUGAACAACUUCCGACCUCCACAGCCUCUCAACAAACGGAAAGUUUAUGCCUCAAAAGAUGCCAUAAUCAACCAAAGUCCUGUUCCCAGUAACCUCAGUCUCGUGACACUUUUUACUACCAUCAUGCUUUGCUGGUUGCUUUAAAAAUCUGUCAUGGCUGAACAAGGGCCUCAACAUUUCAGAGACUUGUAGUCUGAACACCAUAUCAGUGUUAUCAGGUGUAUUUAAUAUGUAAUGGCACUAUAAAUAUUAAACACUUUAAAAUAAUUUUCAUUGUGCACAUUUUCCAUGUUUUUGCAUCUGUAAAUAUUGUUUUGCAAAAACAGCACAUAGCCUUAUACAGAAAACUUUGAUGACUGAUUCCCACACCCUUUUACUAAAACAAGCAAACAUCACUUAUGUAAAUCCGUAUUUGUAAAAAGUAUAAAUUCUGGAAUCGUGUAAAGUUGGUGGAAGAAAAAAUAUGUAUUCUUUAAAAAACUGUCAUAUAACGUACCUCAUUUUCACUAUGAUUACAAAUAAAUAUAUAUUUAAAUAG